AUGCAUCUCCCGUCGGUUUUGAAGUCCGCUUUAGGCUUACUUGUUACGACAAGUCAGGCCUGGGCCUUCUUUCGCCUCCCUUGUGCUGCGCCCAUCGUUAUCCAACGAGCAGAUCCAAUUGUCAACCCAGGACAGGUGCAGUUUUCUACAACUUUUAUGACUUGAACCACUAGCUAAUCGUCUUUAAGGUCUCUGGGCAUGUCCAUACGAUCGUGGGUGGAAAUGGAUUUGGGUUUCAGAUGGACUUUGCCGCUACUCAGCGCUCUACUUGCUCUUCGUGCCUUGUCAAGGAAGACCUGUCAAACUAUUGGGUUCCUGUAAGCUCUCAGAAAGUUCCGUUUUGCUUGUUGCUUUGUCACUUUCACAACUCACAACCCGCAACUCACUUCUCACUUCAUAAACAUGGCUGCUAAAUCUUCACUCGCUCUAGAUUCUCUACUUUAAAGGACCUGAUGGCAAGUUCACUGAGGUUACUCAGACUGGAGGGUAAGUCAUCCCCAACUCCAAACCCCUCACCCCAUCCUCUUUCUCGGGUCAUUGGAAGGGCCGAGAAUGAUUCACUUCUACCACGACUCUUUUGCCCUAAUCUUUUUCUUGGAUAUUUUGGAUAAACGCUGAAAUGGCAAUGCUGACGUCGAGAUUUGCUACAGCUUGACCGUCUAUUAUUUGUAAGGGAAACAUCUAACAAUUGGCACUAUGCAACUACUAAUCUGAGUGGUAGACAACGAACCGACCCAAGAGACCAAGAUUAUCCACAUAUGGUUGCCUUCCCAAAUGAGUUCCGCAUGCUUGCUGGAGACCCAUUUUUGCGAAGCUACAAUGCUAGUUCUCUCGCGCAACAAGCAAUCACCUGGGCAUGUCUAGGUACUUCAACUCCAGAAUCCGGUGGAAUGCCGAACAUCAAGUGUCCUGACGGACUUCGAGCUCAAGUAAGUCGCCUUCAAAACCUAUCCAAUAAUUCAAAGAAGUUAAAAAAACCAGGUCUUCUUCCCCUCUUGCUGGGAUGGAAAGAACGUCGAUACACCAGAUCACAAAUCUCACGUAGCCUAUCCAGAUGGCGUAACUGUGGGAUCCUGCCCUGCCUCACACCCGAAGAGAUUGAUUUCUAUCUUCUACGAAAUCAUCUUCAAUACACCAAACUUUCAAUGGAGUGGUGAUCAUCAUCCUUUCGUUCUUGCUCAAGGCGACCCAACAGGUUACGGCUUCCAUGGUGAUUUUGUCAACGGUUGGAAGGAAGGAGUUCUACAAAAAGCCAUCGACGACUGCAAUAUUGAGUCGGAUGUUAUCGAGGAGUGUAAACACUUCUCAUUCAUCACUAACCAAGUAGCUCAAUCUUGCCGAGUCCCUGCUUCUAUUGAUGAGCAAACUUCAGGGACUCUAGACAAGCUCCCAGGAUGCAACCCAGUCCAGCCAGGUCCCGACCCAGCAAAACCCCAAAGUGGUUGCGGUGCUCCAACAACGAUCGGAAAACCACAUUUCCCAUUCACCGACUUCACUGGCUCCAAGCACUUUGCAUAUACUGGUUGCGCUUUGGAUACCCCAGGACAAGCCCGAACUCUGCAAGGUGCUUCUUUGGAACGUGGUGAUAUGACAAUUGAUUCUUGUAUCGAUUUCUGCGUUCAGCAAGGCUUUGAUCUUGCGGGUGGUAUGUCCUCUUCAUUCAUCCUUCAGAUAAGUUGCUAACAUGUCAUAGUGGAAUAUGGAAAACAAUGCUUCUGCGGUCACCCUGGGGAUGUCGCCAAUGAUCGCAAGCCCGUUCCGGGACUACUUCGAGACUGCUCACAACCAUGUUCUGGAAACCCCAGUCAGGUAUGCGGUAACUUUGGACUUCUCUCGCUUUACCAGAAAUGCGGCUCGUCGGGCUGCCAGAAUGUUCAAUUGACAUUUCUUAACGGUUCUGCUCCAGGACACUAA